AUGAUUUAUGAAGACAAUAGCGUUAAACAGAAAAUAUCGUACCUCACGACGAUUAAUGCAUCUCCAACAAAUACAUCUGUUAUCCUAGAAACAAUGAGACAAGCUCAACAAAUAGCUGAUGAAUGUAGUGAGGAUUAUAUGGAGGUCACUUACGAUUUAGCGAUUGCAAAAGUUGCUCUUCAAUUGCAAAGUGCAGAAAAACCAAAAUACAACAACUUAUUCAUUCACCUUGGAUCCUUUCACAUUAUGAUGGCGUAUUUUAAAGCAGUUGGAAAAUUUAUUGAUAAUAGUGGACUAACAAAUAUCAUGGAAAAUGCGGAGAUAUUGGCGAAUGGAUCCGUAAAUUGUUUUAUUACUGGCAAACACUACAACAGAUGCAAGCGUCUCCAUCCUCUUCUAUAUUUAGCUCUGAAGAAUCUACACUUUGAAAGUUUCAUUGAGCAAUGUAACAUUGAAAUACCUGGCGAUAUUAAUGAUUACUUAUUGCAAUUCAGUAACAAAAAGUCAACCACUCCGACAAUAACGCAUGAAGAAUUAUAUGAAGAAUAUAAAAAACAAACUUUAAUUGGCGAACAUGGAAAGACGCCACAAUUUUACAUGAUAUACAUGAAUUUGAUUAGUCAUUACUUCAUGUUAUGCCGCAGUAUACGCACCGGGGACUUUGAGCUUUUCAAAUAUAUUUUACCAAAAAUUGCCAAUCUUUUCUUUACAUUUAAUCAACCAAAUUAUGCACGUUAUACCGUAAUAUAUCAUCACAAAUUAAUGAAAGCAGGAGAGAGUCAUCCAGGAUUAGAAUUGAACCUGCAAGGUGGAUCAAUGGGAGUAAAACGGACUGACAAACCAUUUUCUCGACAACCCGUAGACCUGGCGCUUGAGCAAACAAUCAAUGCAGAUGCUGCGAACAAAUUAACUGGAAUCAGUCAUACAACGAAUUCUAUAAAGGCUCGUCAGCGCUGGUGUAAAAGCCAUAGCAUUCGUUCGAAAAUUAUUGCGCACAUCAUGGAAGAAACUGACUUGCGAGCUGAUCAAGAUAUUACAGCUGAUCUCGAGCUAAUCAGAAUAAAAAGACAUUCGUUGCAGCUGGAUCACUGUAUUACACAUAUUAAACAAAACAUGAAUCCCUUUUCAAGAGAUGUAGAUAAAGAUUUCUUAUAUAUCAUCUCAACCGGGCAAGCGGUUACAGAAGACAUAGAAAAUUUUUUGUUGAAUGUUGAAACACUUGGUAAUAAACAACGAGAAGAAUUUAUAACUGAAUGUUCUGCAGAUGAUGAAAGAUUUGAAAAAGUUAUCAAACGAAAUAAAAUUCUAAAUUUUAGGACUGCCGCACCAAAACAAACAAUGUCUGUUGCUGGAAAAUUACUGUCAAUUCAAAUGCAACGUGACUUAUUUGGUCAAUUAUUCUCGCUAUCUUUAGAACAUACUUUGAAUGUUGAUAAAGUUUUAGCCUACCCUUUAACACCAGUUCCUCUAGCUUUAUGCCACAUAGAUGGGACAAUAUGCAAAACAGACAAAUCCGCACUGUUGAAGAUGCUCCAAAAGGAGAUCGACAGCAACCCACCAGAACGAUGCGACGUUAUUGUUUAUGACGGAUUUUUCAUCAUGCAUUCAAUUAGGGACGUACCAUCGUCCUUUAAAAACAUAUCAAAAAAGUUGAUGCAAGUGUUCACUGCGAAUAGUGCUGACACUGUAAUUAUUGCCUUUGAUAGAUAUACAUUUCCAUCGAUUAAACACAACGAACACUCAAUAAGAGGAAGAAUCAAAGGACAACAUUAUCAAAUAAAUGGACCUGAUCAAAUACGGCCAUCAAAUUUCGCGGAUGCAUUGAAAAAUAUCUACUUCAAAGAAGCACUCGUUGACUUCAUUAUUGACGACUGGGCGAAUGAUUAUAUGGCACCAUUCAUCGGUAGCAAAACAAUAUUGGUCAACCACCUACGAUGCUAUCAAUAUAAGAUAUGUGAAGGCAAAGUGCAGAGAACAUUAGCGUUAUCGUUGGCAUGUCCAGGUCACGAAGAAGCUGACACAAAAAUUGUUUUUCACGUUUGUCACUUGACUUCUGAUGCUCACGUUACUAUUCGCUGUUCAGAUACAGAUGUUCAGAUUCAGAUACAGAAAAUCACCAACUUACAUUCAAGCAUUAUGUGA